AUGCGGUCCGGCAGCGGACCGACACCCACGAGCGCAUCGUCGGCGGCCACGAGGCCAGCCAGCAUCGCCGACCUCCCCUGGCAGCUGGCCUUCGAGCUCGGCGGCGACCAGCGGUGCGGUGCGUCGCUCAUCGAGCCCUCCUGGGCGCUGACCGCCGGCCACUGCGUCGAGGACGCCAAACUGGACUACUUGGCGCUGCGCGCGGGCUCCUCCGUCCGUGGCAGCGGCGGCACAGUGAUAGAGGCGGCAGCCGCCUUCCUGCACCAGCAGUACGAUAGCCGCACCAUAGAUUUCGACAUCGCAGUCGUACAGGUGAUCCACAGUGACACUUAG